AUGCAUGGAACCACAGAGAAUUUCUUGUUCCAGAGCAAUGCGUUUUCCAGGAGCAUGCUAGCAGCGCUGACGAAAACCCAGAAGGAGAUAACGAAGACGAAGCGCAAUAUCCUAGCCUAUUUAUUCAAACCUCAGUCUCAUUGUGCUUACCCUACAUCUAUUGCUCUUCCUAAACGCCCUUGGCGAUACGGUUCGUACCCACUCACCGCAUGGGCAUUUCAGCUGGCAUGGGGAAAGCUCUACAACUUCUGUGCCAUUAGUUGGACCUAUCACAGCUCUAUUUAUUUUGGAGCGAGGUUCUUUCACCUUCGCUGCCGCUCCGCACUCUAUUCCGAUUUGUCGAUGCGGAAUUAUGCCGAACCGGUCUGGGAGUCGUGUCACGAAUGGCGAUUCUCCUUCCGUAUGAGCGAAUGGUUCCCUAUAUGGUUCCUAGCUACCCAAAGCAUGAGCCCCAUGAUAUCCCGCAGUAUAGAUCUCCCGAUGAUAUUGAGUUUCGUCCUGUUUGCUCGACCUCCAUUACAGGCUACUAUAUGCCGUUACUCGUCUCACCGUAAUUCUCUCAGAGUCAGCGCCCGCCUCCUUAACACCCACAAAAUAGAUAGGCUCAUGCGGAAUGAACAGAAGGCUAUUGCCCAACGGGAUCCCUUUGUAUACAGCGUAAGACUUCGACUAUAUAAUGACAGUGUAACGGAUACCAGAAAUCCCAGGGUACUCAAAAACAUCCCCUGUUGCCAUGCGAGAAAUGGUUUGAUCAAGGUUGAUCCUCUAUCAGCCACCAUACAUUUCCAUGUCAAAGGGACUUUCCUGGCGAAAUGGAUAUCUUCCCGAACGCUAGGAUCAUGCGAAGGAGUAGCGAGGUCGGUCCGAUUCGCUUCUUCUAUGUAUGUACUGUACCUAGUUCACCGACCCCCGCUGUGGAUGAUGGCGAAUCAAGGGUUAGUUCCCCAAAUCCGCCAUGAUGCGCCAGGAAUUCCUCAAGAGGCUAAGAGUGAGAGAUUCCAAAACCGGUCGAAAUUUGCGGCCCCAUGGCAACAAGAUAGUAAUACAGCUAAUACGUGCUAG